AUGGGUGUCUACGAUGCAAAUUUUACUUGUGUGCCGACGCCAAACAAUCCAAUAUGGAUCCCAGUUGUAGUUUUGCAAUUUGUGAUAGUCAUUCUUGGAUGUAUUUCUCAUUCAAUUUUCAUGUCUCUCGUCGUGUUCCCGCAGAAAUUCGGAUUGUAUUUGAGAACAUCAUUCUUCUUCAUCUCCGUCAUGAUGCUUAUAAUGCUUUUGACGUCUACUGGAGCUUUUUUGAUCACUUUGGCACACGGAAAAUAUAUUGAAGACUGUGAAAUCAGUGCGAUUGAACUACGAAAAUGGUUACUCUAUGUUCAUUCUUUUGGAGAAUAUUUCUUUGUAAUCUGCGAAUUGUUAGGAACAAUUGAACGCGUCUCCAGCACAUUCUAUCCAAACUUCAGAAAAUCGUCGGUGUUCUUGAACUUCUUCAGAGUCAGUAUUGUUCUUGGAGCUAUAACAACUAUCGGAUAUAUCUAUUUCAUUCGAAUCUCAUUCCAAAAACAUUUGUUUGCCAUUGGAUUCGGAAGUUUGACAUUGAUGGAAGUGGCGAAUGGAAUUAUAGUCCUCAUCUUAUGGUCUGCAGCAAAGAAAAAGUAUAAAACUGAUAAAGACGCUCCAUUGAAUAUAUCUCGAUCCUAUGCAUACUGUCGAUGUGCUGCAGCAAGUGUCCUAGCUCGAGUCCUUAUCAUUACCUAUGUUUAUCUGAAGAUCGCUGGAUUUUUCGAAGGAGAUGCAGACUCCGGUUUUUACUACUUGAUGAAUGUCUUAAUCAACCUCUACUGCUUAGUCUAUCCAUGGACAAUUAUGCUUUGUCACCGAAAAAUAAAGAGUCAGAUAGACCGUUUCGUCAACGAAAAAAUGUUCUCCCGUCACAAGAGAAUUCACCAGGAAGGCGAAAAAACACUGUAUACAAUUGAUGGAAAACAAAUGAAUGGAAUGACGACUGACGAUCAUUUCAAUCAACUCAACAACUUUUGGAAUAUAUCUGCACACCCGUCUCCUGCUAGAAUACAAACAGUUGAAGAUUGGCUGAAACGGAAGCAACAUGAAACGGGUCAACUGGGAUACCGUAAGGACCGCCGUGGCAUUUUUAUUAUCCUUGCAUCCCCCCAAUCCUUCUUCAAUCUACUCGGUCUCUGUAACAAUUACGGAUAUGUGAUUAUGCUCAGUGCGGCGGAGGAUAUUCUGAGUCAACAACACGGGAAAAACAAAACGACGACAGUAGACACGUGUAUGCCAGAAAUUAACACACGAGAAUGCAAACCACCAACUGCCGAAGUACUUCUCUCGGACAACUUACCUAGUUUGAUUGUCAAAUUAACAUUCCCAUUCUUCAUGGACAGAUUCCCAUUCGGACUCCGAGUGGCAGUUGUUUGUCUGCUACAAGCCACUUCAUACUUUGUUGUCGCAUUUUCUGUUUCGAUUCCGAUGUCACUGGCCGGUGUGGUCUUUGUCAGUUUGGGAGGUGGAUUGGGAGAAAUUACGUUUUUGGGAUUGUCAGCUCAUUAUCAGAGAAUCGCUAUCGCCGGAUGGUCAUCUGGAACGGGAAUGGCAGGACUGUUGGGGUCUUUCUCUUACGCAUUUCUAACGGAACCUCACAUGGCAAAUUUGACACCUAAAGUUGCACUUCUCAUACAACUGUUCAUUCCAGUGUUGUUUGCGAUCGCAUACUUCAUACUUCUGGAGAAACCCGAAUCUGUCUACUCUCCCACACUCAAUCCAAAAUCCUGGAUUGUUCCGAAAGGAUACGAUGACUUCGUUGUCAGCAAACAUAGAGUUCCUCAGCGACAACUCAACCCUUGGGAGAGAGUACAACUCAUUGUUCCUAUGCUCCACUUGAUGAUUCCUCUGGCAUUCGUCUACGUCGGUGAAUACAUGAUUAAUCAAGGAAUGACACAACAAAUCGUAUUUGACUGUUCUCAUGGAUUCAAUUUAUCGCUGCACAGUCAAUACCGAUGGUAUCAAGUCCUUUAUCAGCUCGGAGUUUUCGUUUCAAGAUCAUCAAUCAAGUUGGUUGAGCUACCAAUGUGGGCUCUUUAUUUAUUGCCCAUACUGCAGUUAUCUAACAUGUUAUUCUUCUUUUUUGAUGCAUUGUACUGGUUCGUCCCACAUAUCGGCAUAAUUUUCGCAUUGAUCGUUUUCGAAGGAUUGUUUGGAGGAUCUUCAUAUGUCAAUACUUUCCAUAAAAUUCAUAAUAAGGUUGAACCGGAUGUUCGAGAAUACUGUCUUUCUGCUGCCUCAAUGGGAGACAGUAUUGGUGUCAAUUUUGCUGCUGGAGUCUCUAUACCUCUCCAUUAUUGGAUGUGUAGACAGCCCUCACCGCGAUGA